AUGGAACAUUUACCCCUACCCGAAGGAGAAAAGCACUUCAUUGUUGCUCCGUACAACGCUCCUCCCGGCGAGUGGUACGAUCACAAAGGCUUUCUAGACUUUCCUAAGCGACGUGGCUGGACCAGCGACCAGCUUCCCGGCGGUGACACCUCCGAAAAGAGAUAUCUCGACGGGAAUGGGUUCAAAUCGAAAGGCACCGACUCGAAAGUGGAAGAGUUCUUCCAGACCUGGCUCUUCUUCGGACUGGUCAUUGAAGUGUUAAAGGUUGGCGGUGUCAGAGCCAAAACAGAAGAUUUCCUCGAGGUUAGAGAUCUGACAGACCCUGGCGAAGUGGAAUUUCUCAAGUUAUCAACACAAGGUGACAUUCACAAACAAAGACGAAUAAGGAUUGUCAACACGUCAAAACUUCCCUGUAAGCUAAAGGAAUGGAGAGAUGGGAUACAGGAUAAGUCUCAAGCAUGGACGGUACUGAACCGAAUGUUUGAGAGGGCCAGACAGAUCCUCGACUGCUUUUGCACACCAGAUGAAGAAAGGAGUCUUUGGGAAAACGACAAGCCUCCGCGGUGGCCCGUACGGCAGGAGAUCUCUACGACUCUGAUCGCCAUGGUCUUCUCCCUCCGCAGCGCAGCGAUCAAGGUCUGCGAUCCCCGUGGGAUCGGCGUGAUGAAUCCGUGGCUGGAGGCUCGUUCCGAGAUCUUGGCCAGACGUCUACAGCGCCAGUGGUGUCUCGCUGAUGCGACUACCAUCAUAAAGGACCUCUCGAUCGACGGCCACUACUACAUUGCAGCGUCUCCUGGGUUGCACCCUGAUGAACUGGAUCGACAUUCAAAGUGUGUCAGGCAGCGUUGCCUCGAGGAAUUCCCUACAGAGCUUUACCACCCGCGGCAUAUCGCCCCCUGGCAUAAGGCCAACUGUCCCACGGGACAGACGAUCAGCUAUGGCGGACAGCUGGGACCAGAAAGAGGCCAGACGGGAUGGGACGAUGCUAUCGCAAGAAUUAUCGAUAAGAAUGCCAUCCCGAUUGCGCUUUGGGUCAAAGGACUGCGCACGCUUUGGUCGGUGGAAUACCAUUUAAGUGGUAAAAGGACUCCUUCUUAUGUGGCUAUAUCACAUGUGUGGGCUGACGGCAUGGGAAAUCGGGCGGCAAAUUGGCUUCCAGAAUGCCAGUUGGACCGCAUCACGCAUCUCGUGGAAAAUGUGCGGUGGGAAGGCCGAAAACCUACACCAGCAGACCCCAAUCUCUCGGAUGGAGUGGGGUUUUGGAUGGACACAUUGUGCGUCCCUGCAUUAGACAAAGACCGCAAGCGCGAGGCGAUUAAGAAUAUGCAUCAUGUCUAUUCGAACGCAAAAGCUGUCUUGGUCCUUGACAAAUUCAUCCAGAAAAUCCCAUCUACCGCUCCCGUGCUGGAUAAGGUCGCUCGUCUCUAUCUGUCCAACUGGAUCAAGCGUCUCUGGACCCACCAAGAAGGGUUUCUACCAUCCCUAGUAUACAUACAGUUCGCCGAUCAGCCAGUCGAGUUAAACGCACUGGCGGAAGAGUUCAAAGCCUAUAAUCUUGAGCACCUGGAAACGUCAGGAAAGUAUCUCGGAUUCCCCUUCGCGGCGAAUGCAAGGCUGCUGGACCUGUACUCUGCAUUGAGAGACCUUAUGAAGCAAGUCCAAGACGAGGACAAGUGGAUGCUCUAUGAGCCUCUCGCGCACCAUUUGUCACCACGUAGGAGUACACGACUUGCGGAUGAGACCGUAUGCAUGGCGACGAUUAUCAACAUCGACCCUAGCAAAAUUCUGGCGGUUCCAGGUGCUGAAGAUGAUGAACUCGCAAGGGACCGCAUGGCUGUUUUCUUGGAACAAUUAGGAACGUUUGACAUGUCCUUGAUCUUCAACAAUUAUGAACGCCUAGACAAGACGGGAUACAGGUGGGCUCCGAAGUCGUUGCUCAACUUUCGGACCCCUCGGCUGGUCUGUCCGGACGAGAGCGAGACCGUCACUCUCGAAAAGAAGAACGGCCGGACUGGCCUUCCAGUUCGGUAUCCUGGGCUCCUGGUGGACUUUGCCAAUAAGAAUGUGCCAUUUGGAGCCCUGAAACAUGGCUGCGAGGUCCAAUGUAGAGUGCCAGCCGCCCGGGGGAGCAGCCUUGAUGGCGAAUCGCUUGUUCUCCAGUUACCGGCAAACGACGUGCGGUGGGCCAAAAGGCAGUAUGCCGUGAUUUUGUCCGAGAUCCCUAAAGUCGGCGGAAAGUCUUGUCCGGCAGUUGUGGGCUUGUGCAAUCGCCCGGUGAAUGGGAUUUACUGGUUUGAGCACCUAUCUUUGGCGAGAAUUCGAGCUCGGGAAGAGUAUGUGGAUGAGUCGGUGGACGUGCAAUUUCUUGAGAGAGAUAGUGCCUGGUUUGUCAUGUAA